GAUAUAUUGCCUGCGAUCUAUGGUGGGACAUGAUGUACCAUUAAACCAGGGUUGUUUGAAUCCUGUAAAAGCUAUCAUUCCUGAAGGAUGUUUGCUGAAUCCUUGCGAUAAGGCUGCUGUUGUUGGUGGAAACGUAUUAACGUCACAAAGAAUAGUGGAUGUUGUUCUCAAAGCAUUCUCUGUUUGUGCAGCCUCACAGGGGUGCAUGAACAAUGUAACAUUUGGUGAUCAGAAUGUUGGCUACUAUGAAACUGUUUCAGGAGGUUCCGGUGCUGGGCCAACAUGGAAUGGUCGAAGUGGUGUUCAUACUCAUAUGACAAAUACCAGAAUUACUGAUCCAGAGAUUCUAGAACGAAGAUACCCAAUUGUGCUACAGUGUUUUAAACUUAACCUUGGUUCUGGAGGUCAAGGUCAAUUCAGAGGGGGUGAUGGAGUCCAAAGAGAAAUGCUAUUUCGACGUCCCCUGACGCUGUCAGUCCUGACAGAAAGGAGAGCUUUUCAACCCUAUGGCAUGAAUGGUGGCGAACCUGGCCAACGUGGUAAAAAUUAUCUAAUUCAUAAAAAUGGUCAUGUUGUGAGUCUGGGAGGAAAAACUUCAUUGAAUGUGAAACCUGGGGAUGUGUUUCAAUUGUUGACACCUGGGGGCGGUGGUUAUGGUGCUCCGAAAAAAGAUAGUGAUACACAGUCUGAGAAGGGAAAACAUGAUGUAGUAGCCAGUCAUUUCUACCAUGAGAAGGGCAGUGUACAUGCUUACAGAUUGGCUCAAGAACAAGCUUAGCCAUUAAAUCAAAAUUAUUAAAAUUUAAUACAUAUAAAAGUAAAUUGUGAUUACAAAAACGACAUUGUUUUCCUUCAUCUUUAAUGCAAGCAGGCCAAGAGUCUGUCACACUGAUUAAGAAAAGUUAAUAAUUGAAAAUCCCUAUGAAUAUGAAGAUUAUCAGCAGUGCCUUAAACAUACACUGUAGUAUGGUUGAAAGAAAAGUGUAGACUGAUCUUGUGAUGUAACUAUAUUCCACUCAUAAUUUUCAGAAAAAUUGUUACCAAGAAAAUCUGGAAUGUGAUUCAGAACUGUUAUUUGGCUUCAAUGUCUCAUGUUGUAUG